UCGCCUCUGCUGCUGGGGGAGCGCUCGGGAGAUGCUCCUGCGGCGUUAGCUCCACCUGGGUGCGAGCCUGAAGCCCGCUGCGGGCGCCUGGCUCCCGGUGCCUCGUCCCGGCAGGCAGCCGCCGAGCUCCCGUCUCCCUGAGCAGCAGGAGUUGGAUUCCCUCCCUGCAAACCAGGGCAAAGCUGAGCUGGGGCUGCGGCCGGAGAAACGCCCCCCAGGACCAGACAGACGUGAGUGAGCUCGAAGGGGAGCUGAGCUGGGGCUGGGGCAGGAGAAACGCCCCCCAGGACCAGACAGACAUUUCUCUGCCCCACUCCCGUAAACAAAGAAAAAUGAGAACUCAUUUCAUCUGAAUUUUACCUGCCCCUUGAACAACGGCACCAUGGAUCUGGCCUAUGAGCUGCCCAACGUCACCGAGUUCUGGUUCUCCUCAGCCUCCCAGUUCGACAACUUCUCCACGGAGAUGUCUGCCAACGCCUCCCAGAACACUACGGGCCAGCAUUUUGACCUGACCAGCAACGCCAUCCUUACCUUCAUCUACUUUGGGGUGUGCAUCAUAGGCCUGUGCGGCAACACACUGGUGAUCUACGUCAUCCUCCGCUAUGCCAAGAUGAAGACCAUCACCAACAUCUACAUCCUGAACCUGGCCAUUGCAGAUGAGCUUUUCAUGCUGGGGCUGCCGUUCCUGGCCAUGCAGGUGGCUCUGGUUCACUGGCCCUUUGGCAGAGCCAUCUGCCGGAUUGUCAUGACAGUGGACGGGAUCAACCAGUUCACCAGCAUCUUCUGCCUGACCGUCAUGAGCAUUGACAGGUAUCUGGCUGUAGUCCACCCCAUCAAAUCCGCCAAGUGGAGAAGGCCCAGAACGGCCAAGAUGAUCAACGUGGCCGUGUGGGGCAUUUCCCUUCUCGUCAUUAUGCCCAUCAUGAUUUAUGCUGGGAUCCAAAACACCCAUGGAAGGAGUAGCUGCACCAUCAUCUGGCCAGGCAAGUCCAGCGCGUGGUACACAGGGUUCAUCAUCUAUACCUUCAUUCUGGGCUUCCUGGUGCCCCUCGCCAUUAUCUGCCUUUGCUACUUGUUCAUCAUUAUCAAAGUCAAGUCCUCCGGGAUCAGAGUGGGCUCCUCCAAGAGGAAAAAAUCAGAGAAGAAAGUCACCAGGAUGGUCUCCAUCGUAGUGGCAGUCUUCAUCUUCUGCUGGCUUCCCUUCUACAUAUUUAACGUCUCCUCUGUCUCUGUCUUCAUCACUCCCACACCCUUCCUGAAGGGUAUGUUUGAUUUCGUCGUGGUUCUCACCUAUGCCAACAGCUGUGCCAACCCCAUCCUCUAUGCCUUUUUGUCUGACAACUUCAAGAAGAGCUUUCAGAACGUUCUCUGCCUGGUGAAGGUCAGUGGCAUGGAUGAUGCAGACAGGAGCGACAGCAAGCAGGACAAAUCCAGGCUAAAUGAAACCACGGAAACUCAAAGGACUCUGCUCAAUGGUGACCUUCAGACAAGCAUCUGAGAGGACUCCAGGAUUGCCCUUCUCAGCUGUCCUCUUUCCUCCUCCUCCCCAUUCCUUUAUAUGGCAGUAGCACAUAGCAAGUCAGGUCAAGAGUAUUUGGUCUUUAUUUGCUUGUCUUAGGGGAUGGUAAUGCAAGGAUGGGGGCCUGUGCCAGGAGUAGCCUCUCAGCAGAAGGCAGGUUAGUUUUGAGUAUUCAGAAAGAUGCUGCUCAAAUACAACUUCAUACAUGGAAAAAACAGACAUACACACCUGUGUUUAAACAUAUAACAUGAGGUCAUGGGCCAAAUUCAUUCCUGCUGCAACUGCAUUGGUUGCACUGGUGUUACCCCCAGGGAUGUGUUUGGACAUACAGAACACAUUCACACCCAUGUAAAUGGGCAAAUUCAGUAGAGUUGCACAUGUGUAACUGAGGCAUUUCUGCUGGACGUGUUUACACAUACCAACAUGUUCCAUACAGCAUAGAUCACAUAUGUCUAAACAGAGCUAUUCAUGUCUGUUUCUUUCCAAAUCAGGAGACUUAGUUGAAAAUGAGAGAGAGAGAGAGAGAGAGAGAGGGAGGAUGAGCGACAGCGAGCAGUCUUAAGAAUCAGAGCGCACACACACUGAGAUCCUUCACUAGGACAUGAAGAAUAUUUCAUUUUAUUACCCAGCUAGUAACAUUUUAUUUUUUUAAGAAUGAAUCUCCUGAAGCUCCCCUAGUUUUAUUAGACUAUUACUGUAUUUGUUUACAAGUUGCUUUUCCUGCCACCGGAGAAGCAACAGAUCAGAAUGAAAGAAACCACAGCAGAAAGAAAAUAUCCCAGCCCCAGUACAGUGUGUGUGUGAGAGAGAGAGAGAGAGAGAGAGAGAGAGGAUGGACAGAUAGACUCCUAAGAGAUUUGGAACCCAAUUCCCAUUAAAAUUGAUGCCUUGAGGCAGCCUGGAAAAUCUCAGUUUGUAUACACACUGUGCAGUCAGAUACAUGGUGGUGGUAUGUACGUGAGCAGUUAUAUUUGUGGUGCACCUUUGAUCACUUGACCUGGACUCUGCCCACCAGUCCAUCUAUCCAGCAUUACUUCUCACCUCCCAGACCUUAGAGCAGCUUCAAAUACAGCCACCUUCCCUCCCCACACCCCCUCGCUUAAAUCAACUUGCCAUAAAAAAGCUUUUCUCCUCUCCCUCAAAUGUAUGUUUCCCUUCUUCCACCGGAAAUGAACUAUAAACACUGCUCCAAAGGGCAGCAUAGCCAUCUUCAGUCCUGGGCUAGUGGUGGGUCCCCAUAGUCACACAGCCUUUGCUUUUCUGUUGUUUUCCUCUAGUAGAAUAUGGCAGGGACUUUUAGCGAGCGGCUGACUGAGAGGCAUCAGAGAUUAGUAGCAGCAUCCUUCCCAUGGAAAGUACCUGCAAGUUUUUAAUCUGCAGAGACACACACAGAUUCUGAGUGCCGUUCAGUUCUAGUGUUCAUGAUGCUGGGACUGAAACAGCUACCAGAAUAUUGCUGAGGUGUAUGUGUGCUUUGUGUGGUGUUACUACAUACACACACUCUCUCUCUCUCUCUCGAAUCCAUUGGCUUUCUCGGGCUGCUCAGUGAGACCUCUAAGUCCCAUGUGCAUGUUUUCGGUUGAUGUUCCUGGCGAAGGCUGGCUAGCAAGACAAGGUGGAUGCUUUACUUUGUCAUUGCUCUGAGCAUGGAUGUUUCUGACGCCGCAGAUGUUGUCUAAAGAAGGUACCAAGUGAGAGGCUAAGGGACAUUUGACAGCUCUGUCUAAAAUACUGACAGAUGCCAGGCAUGGUUGGUAUGUGCUUGGUUCUAAAAUUUAGUUACCAUUGGAGAAUGGAGGGGUGGGUUUGGAUUCUGGGGGAAUGAACUGUGAUACUGCCGGGCCAAAUUUUCUUCUCAGUUACAGUGGUGUAAAUCUAGCCUAACUCUCUUCUGAAAGCAGAGCACAGCUUCUCCACACCUGUGAAGGCAGCUGUAAAGUGCUUGGGGGAAUCUGGAGCCAUGGUGCCAAGAUCCUAUGGCGAUAGAUGUAAAUACGUCAGCUGGGUCAGCGAGGAUCACAUGCUGGAGGCUAGAGCAAAUGGUAAUUGCUGGGUUCACCUGUAGAGAAAUCUACUGAUGCUAAUCAGAUCUGCUCCUCACCCCCAAUCCACCCCGUCAGAGUGACUUUAGGAAAUAGGGAAA